AUGACAGCCAAUGGUGAACGGCUCAGCGCAGUCGCACGACGGCGCCGUCUGCGUGAUGCCCAGUUGGCAACGCCCAGUCCUCCCGCUGCAGCACCAGUAGAUGAGCAUGAGUCGAGUCAGUCCGCGUCUCGAGCUGCCUCACCCCCGAGCAGUGAUGCCAAACUCGAGAGUCAGCCUGUUGGAACCUCGAAUCAAUUUUCGGCGUUGGUGGAUGCGGCUGCUGUCCGUUUCAGUUUUACAAAAGAAGUGGAUCAAUUGAGUGAGACGUCUGUUAAGAUCAGAUUGUCUCGUGGACAGAAAUGCGUGGUCCUCGGUGCUUGCACUCUCUGGGUAAAGCAAGGAUCGGUCUUCCUCUACGGCGCUACCAUCAAUGCUUCCACUGCUGUCCACCGUAUUUAUGCUCCCAACAACCAUGCGCUUCCAGCCAUUGAAGCUUUGAGUUUGAAAGCAGAGUUUCAACUUGACUCUCUCGAGAAUGGGUUGAUUGAUCUCCCCUCUAUUGGGGCUAGGGACAUGUGGACUCCAGCCAAUGUCGAACGGUCAGCUUCGUCGUUCUAUGUUCUGGGUCACUCCUUCGAUCAUGACCCUAGAGCUCCCCGACGCUCCAGAGAACUGGAUCUUGUUCCUUGGAAAUCGACCAUCUCAAGUCUAGUGCCGUCUGAUGACGCGGUAUCCUCGACAACUUCUCCGCCCAGGAUUCUGUUAUGCGGUAGACGGUGCUCGGGCGUAUCGACUCUGGCCAGAUGUCUGCUCAAUAGGAUCCUCACGAAACAGGGGGCGAAUUUCCGCAAUGCGCGUCCAGCGGGUGCUUUGAUUCUCGACCUUGACACUAAUAUGCCCGAGUUUGCGCCUCCAGGCACGAUAAGUCUGGUUCAUGUUUCCGAGCCUCUAUUUGGACCCUCGUUUACACAUAUGCUCGGCCGAGGCAGGCACACCAGUCGGAUUCUGAAGAUGCAGUUUCUCGGAGACUUACAGUUUACGGACGUCUGCGACUGGCACAUCACUCAAAUUCUCGACCUUUUGGAACUCGCCAGGCAGCAUUGCAGCGAACACCAGGGGAUCCCCGUCAUUGUAUUGGCGCCUAAGUGGUGGAAUAACAUUGAACUGCAGUUGGCGCGUCAAUUGUGGACAAAGAUUGCACCUACCAACAUUGUCUGCCUAGAUACAAGUCCCACGUCGCCUCACCUGCAACCGUGGAAAUCAUUAGCAGAGAGUGGUCAGUGUCAGAUUCAGCAGAUCCCUUCUCAGGUAUUCGACAAGGUCCACGCUGCGAGAGAAUAUGACCUGCAAAUGCAGUCAUAUUUUCAUCUAGUCGACUCGUCGAUAAACCGAGCUUUCUGGAAUGACAUGCCAAUUCUAGGAGGGACGUACCACGAAGUGUCACUUACUUAUGGUGGCGACGAUGCGAAGGUGGGUGCCAUCAUCUUGCUAGGCGGUCAUGUCGCACCUGAAGACACGUACGACGUUCUGGAAGGCAACCUGGUGGCUAUCGUGGCGGUGAAACAUCCCAGAGAUAAGAGGUUGAACUCGACGCGCAAUGACUCAGAGGGAAGCAACAAUGACCACCAACACUCUGAUAGCGACUCUCCGCCACCUUGUGUAUCUCGCACCCAGGAAGGUCUUCCACGUUCGCGAGGCAGUAUGCAGUCCCUUUCUUCAAUCCUGGGCGAACAUUCUUGCUGUGUGGCUCUGGCGAUUGUGGUGAAGAUCGACAUUCCAAACAGACACAUCGUUGUCGUGAAUGGACAGGGCCUGCAUGACGUUGAAGCAUUGACACAGGGGGACCAAGUAGCGCUGGUGUUGCAGAAGGCAACAUCGGAUGGACGAUUCAAGACAGACUGGGUACGGAAGGAGUUGAGGCCCGGCGGAAAAGGAUAA